CAGCCCCUUUUUAUCCUCAUCUUGGAGCGUUUUCGCGUUUCUUUCGUUGACUUUUUAUAUAUCAUCAAGCCAGUGUAUAACAACCCAGAGUGUUUUAGGCAGGUCGUUCUAAGAUGAAUCCAUCCGACGGAGGAGCAGCUCUUUCCCUGAAGCCGACUGGAUCCUGUGACCUCAGAGCCGACACUCUGUUCAAGAUGGCCGCCUGAGUGAAGAAUUUACACCUCUCAUGUGAAACUAAUCCAACAGUUAGCUGCCCUGAGAAGUUCUGCGCCGUGUUUAGAGAAUGGCACGCCGACUGUGGCACCGUUUUCUCCCGUUUUAAACCGGAGCUGUUGGGGGGCAUGGAGUAAACCCGUCCAGGUAUUGGAGCGAUCGAGGGCUUUCUCUUGUAGCCCAGAAUGGACAGCUUCUUCAAGGCAGCUGUUUGUGAUCUGGACAAAGUUCUUGAUGACUUUGAGCUCAAUCCAGAGGAUCUUGACUGCAGGCCUGUUUUCCUGAAGCCCCCCGUGUACCCGUUCUCCUCGCUGGGCCCCCAGGGCUCCUCCUCAGAGCUCCCCAGUGCCCCACCAAGCCUCCCAGACCUCAAUUCUCUUCAUUAUGCCUCUGCAAGAAGUUGUUCAGAUGGCCCCAGUGGCCACCCCCACAGUACCGAUGGUGGCGAGGUCAGAGGUCAGCCCCUGACCGGCGUUGACCUUCUGUCUUCUGUGGACCGCAGGCCGCCUCAGAGCUCAGCGCCCCCGUGCCCGGACAGAACUCUGAAGCCAGUGUGCGACCUUGUAAAUGAUGCCAGCUCAGCCAUCCUGGUCCGGACCAACAGCCACGAUGCUUUUAGGCAGCUGGAUGUGACCGAGCAGCAAAUGGUGGAGGAGGAGGAGGAGGCGCUGCUGGUGGACUUUGACAGCCCCGUGGUCACAGAGAGCAGAACAGAGCUCAACUUCAACAGUGUCCUGGAGGAGCAGAACUGUGCAGCGACAGACGAGCUGCUGAGGCUAAACCCUCAUCAGCAGGGCGGCGGUUACUGCGCUUCCCUCAGUCUGCUGGACAUCAUUUUUCCUGCAGCAGUGGAGAAGAGCUCAGAUCCUGCAGAUGGGUCGCUGCCAGCCAGGGCCACGGAGUCAGCUGACGGAGACAAGAAGGAGAAGGAAGAGGAAGAGGUCUUCUCCUCAGAGCAGCCGGUGGACCGCCGUCAGACCCAUCCUGCAGAAAGCAAUAAGCAAGGGACGCCGUUAAAUGAGGAGCAGGCUGUGUCUGAAGGUGGAGCCGAGUCCGCUGAGGAGCUGAAGUAUGAAUCCUCCAGUGAAGCCGUCAGCUUGUCAUGCCUGCCGAUAGCUGUGUCGAUGUGUGGCGCUCUGGUGAACUCAGGCGCCUCAGAAGAUGAUUCAGGGGCAGCUGCGGAGCGUUGUGAUGCUGCAGAGGUGUCUGAGAACGCAGAGACGGCCACGCCGUCAGCUCUGGAGACGGAGGACGAUGCCAGGGACUCCAUCAGGGAGGACGGGCCCUGUUCUGAAAAGGCCUCUGAUCUGGAGCAGGUUUCAGAGGGCAGGCUGUCUCCAGAGGGCCAGAACAUUCCUUUUGAAUCUGCUGCUGCUGCUGCAGCGACCACGCCUGCUGAGCCGUCCACCUGGGAUGGUUCAGAGCCCAGUCCAGUCCACCCUCCUGAGUUUGGUUUUGAAUAUCUACCCGAGAGCGACCAGGCUGAGCUGCUGGUCACCGACGAAGAGUUGGACGCCUUCCUGCAGACGCACGCUGAAGCAGAGCAGGGUGCAGGGGCCGCUUUUUGCUGCAGCGCUGGAGAUGAUAGCCAACCAGAGUGCCUCUCACAAUUCGCCCAAGUUUCUGAAGAAGGCCAAGAACCACAAAGCUGUGGUCAAGACGGACAGGGCAGCCCAGAGGGACCGUCCUCUCCUGAAAGCUCCAGAGCCGCUGCUGUAUCUCCAGAGGGCAGCUCCGAUCCUGCUGCUCCUCCAUCAGUAUUACCAGACUCUCUUACUCCAUGCCAAGAAGACCCCUCCAGGGUCAGCUACUCUCUAACCAGCAGCGCUUCCCCGGCCCAGCACAACAGUAGCUCUGAUCACUCCUAUGGAGGUGCCAGACCAAAACAGCCUCACAGCCAAACUGCCAGACCUCCACCAGCCGGAGAGGAAGCGCCGGAGCUUAGUGCACCUCCAACACCAGAGGACGAGGAGAGCCCAAGUCCUACAGGGGAGCGCUCCAAAUUCAGGGACCCCAACUUUGACAACACCCCUCAGGAUCACAGAGAUUUCUCCGUAGGGUUGGAUGAGCUCUCAGAGCCGCCUCCGUACCCUGGGGAGGAGCCGGCAGGCGGGGCCAGGCCAGCACACGGGAGGAGGGACGGCCCGGAGGAGCUGGGGAGCAGGCAGCCUGCGUGGGUGCCGGACGCCGAAGCUCCUAACUGUAUGAAAUGCAACCAGAGAUUCACCUUCACCAAGAGGCGGCAUCACUGUCGAGCAUGCGGGAAGGUGUACUGCACUGGGUGCUGCAACAGAAAGUGCAAGCUGAAGUACCUCGACAAGGAGGCUCGCGUGUGCGUCCUCUGCUUUGAGACCAUACACAAAGCCCAGGCCCUGGAGCGGAUGAUGAGUCCUACGGGCCCGAGCCCAAACCCUAACGUCCCGUCUGAGUACUGCAGCACCAUCCCUCCUUUGCAGCAGGCUCGGGCAGCUGGGACGCUGAACUCCCCCCCACCCACCGUCAUGGUCCCCGUUUCUGUCCUCAAAAACCCAAACAACGACGCUUGUCCUCGUGAGCAAAAGCGUGUUUGGUUUGCCGACGGCAUCUUGCCCAACGGGGAGGUGGCAGACACAGCCAGGCUGUCCGUGACGAGCCGCAGGAGCUCCCAGGAGUUCAGUCCAGACCCAGAAACACCUGGCUCAGCUGGAUUGGACCCUGGAGGUGGUGACCCAUCUGUCCCUGAAGCCCCUGGAGCCGUGCCGGUGGUGCGAGCUCCGCUGUCUGGACCGUGGGAUUAUGGGUUGCUUUCUGGGAUCGGUUCUUCAGUGAGGAGGACUCCCAGCCUUCUGCCAGACAAUCAGGAUGAGCUGCCUCCUCUGCUCAUCACCACCGGGGAAGACGAUGGAGAUGAGGUUUUGGUUGAGGAGACUCCAGCUCCCUGUCAAAUCCGCCACUUGUUGGAGGAAGGAGGGCCGCGUCCUCUGACCUUUGUUCUGAGCGCCAACCUGCUUGUGAACGUCAAACUGGUUACAUACGCCAGCAGGCAGUGCUGGUGCUUCGGCUCUAACGGGCUGCAGGCUCUGGGACAGAAAGAGUUGGUGUUUCUGCUGGAGUGUUUGCCAGGGGAAAAAACGCUCCCAAGAGACCUCUUCUCCCUUUAUCUCAGCAUUUACCAGGAUGCCCAGAAAGGGAAGUUUGUGGAGGAGAUGGAUAACAUUACGUUCACCAGCAGCUUCCUGGACAGCAAAGAUCACGCGGGGAUGCUGUUCUUCUCUCCCACCUGUCAGUCCCUGGACGGGCUCUCGCUUCCCCCGCAGCCCUUCCUGUUCGGCCUCCUGGUCCAGAAACUGGAAGUCCCUUGGGCCAAAGUGUUCCCGCUAAGACUGCUUCUACGGCUCGGAUCUGAAUACAACAUGUAUCCAACGAUGCUGAUCAGUGUUCGAUUUCGGGACUCUGUGUAUCGGGAGACGGGACACACCAUUAUGAAUUUACUGGCUGACCUGAGGAACUACCAGUACAGCCUGUCAGUGGUGGAAGGCCUGAGGAUCCACAUGGAGAUGGGACACAGCUACAUUGAGAUCCCCAAGGCUAGCUUUAGCGAGAUGCAGAAGGUGGUGAACUCAUCCAAUGAGCAUGUCAUCAGCAUCGGAGCGAGCUUCAGCCAGGAGGCCGACUCUCAUCUGGUGUGUUUUCAGAACGAGGAGGGAAACUAUCAAACUCAAGCCAACAGCAAGCCAGGGAUGACUCGCACAGUUACUGGAGCCAGUUUUGUUGUGUUUAAUGGAGCGCUUAAAGCCUCGUCGGGUUUUAUUGCCAAGUCCAGCAUCGUUGAAGAUGGGCUAAUGGUUCAGAUCCCACCAGAGACCAUGGAGUCUUUACGCGCCGCCCUGAGGGAGCAGACAGACUUCCACAUACCCUGUGGCAAGAAUGACGGUGGAGAGGUCAGAGAGAACGUCACGGUUCGCUGGGUGGACUGGACUUCUCCUGUUAACUCCGGUAAAACCAGCGGGGUUGAUGGGAGACCUCUGGACGGGGUCCCCAGCGUGAGAAUGCAGCAGGAUGCAGAGUUUGAGUCCGACAGCCGCUCCAUCAGAUGCACGGAGGUGUUCUACCAGUUAAAGUCUCCUGACUGCAGCCUGCCGUCAGUGUUGUCGUCCUGCAGCAUGUUUCAGAAGGAGAUCGCCUUGGCAACCUGCAGCGCUCUGGCUCCUCACCUGUCUGUCCUUACCUCAGGUGGCAUCAACUCGCUCUGGCUUCGCAUCUCCACUCAGGCGGACAUGGUGGAGUACCAGGCGGGAUGCGGAGGCAGGCUCCUCCCUCAGCGCUACAUGAACGAGAUGGACGGCGCGCUGAUUCCCGUCAUCCAUGGAGGCGGCGCGAGCGUGCCACAGGUUGCCAUGGACAUGGAGUUGGUCUUCUACAUCACACAUGCUUUCCAGUGAAAAUAUGGCCUACUCAAAGUAGAAAAACAAACCAAACAUCUCGGCGCUGAACAGAUGGCGGUCCAACACUCAGAGGAUGGAUGGAUUUGAGCAGGAUGGAAACGUAUUUGAGAUGGAUUUGUGUCGUCAUGCUCACCAAAGCUGCUACAUUACCUGAAGCCAAACACUAAAGCGAAACAAAGCAACCCUGAACCAAACCGCUCCUCUCUGUUCUGCCUUCCUGGCUCUCCGCUGGCCGCUGGGAGCUCCUCGGUGAAUGUCACUACAGACCUGUGAAAUGUCUCAUCUGGAUGUAUUCAUUAUAGUUUGAAACGGGCUAAUUAGAUCAAAUGACAGCAGAGAGGCGAUCGGGUGCUAAUGUAAAAAAAAAA